GCUCAGAUUGUGCCUGGGCAUUGUGCUGACUGAACGUGUACGAAUUGUUUUUCCUCGUAGAGUUUUGUGGUGCUGCGUCAUACCAUUAAUUUCAUUCGCUAUUCGUUAUUUUUCAUCAGUUUGUUGUUGAUCACACGCCAAAUAAGCUUGAAUUCAGUCCGCUCGCAUUUUGGCGCGCUUUUUGAUCCAUUUUGUUGUAUAGUAGAAUCAGUAACGAAAGUGUUUGAAAAAAAAAACACACACAACACAAAUACAAAAAAUAAGUGUAUAAAAAACGCGAUAACUACCAGUUGUCAGUUGAAUUUAAAAGCAAAUCGUCAUCAUCGCUACCCUGACUAACCAGGGUAGAGCAAUUGGAAGGAACUAUUGUUGAGGAAACCGUUGAGGUGACUUCAUCUAUUUCACCAACAAAACAAACCCAGAAGGCAAAAACAUCUGAUUAUUCCAGUGAAGAUACCAGUCCGGAGAGUAAAUCGAAAAAGAUCACAACCACAAUCAGUGAAGAAUCAUCACAGAAAUCUAAACAAAUGUCGUCCUCAGUAAAUAGGACCACCACCACCACUACAACCAACACAUCGGUGAUCACAAAGAGUAAACGCGCCGCUGCAACCUCCACCCCAAAGGCUAUACAAAACUACUUACUAGAAAGUUUUGCUUCACAAUUCACUGGUGGGGCCGGCUCCCAUAUUGCAGAACAGCGCUUCAAGGAAAUCACACAGAAUGCGCUGAACACAGAAUUUGAGCGUUCGCAGCGCUCAGCGGCUGCUGCGGGAUUGGGCAGCAAUAAUAGCAGCGCCAGUAAAUCAUAUAGUCACAUAUUGCACAACUCUAAUGGAGACCUUAGCGAUCACAUUGCAUAUCAGGAAUACAAACGUGCCGGCGAGUACUGGAAUACCACACCAAAAACGGAUUACACCUACUCGGAGCACUCGUCGUUUCGACGUGAAUUGGCGCCCGGCAUUGUGGCCAUGCCCAACAUGUCGCGCUAUGGUCUGAAAAAUCACAGUGAUCGCAUCAACUACAUGAUUGAACGUGAUCCUACACAAGAGGAAUUUAUACGCCGACGUUAUGAAUCGUCGCGGUAUGCACAAAACCGCAAAGCUACUGAGAAGCUUACCUAUGACUCUGGUGAUGAACUAGAUUACCAACUCGAUAGCUACCGUAAACGGCAAUAUAAUAGAUAUUUGCUAGAGAAUCAAGAAUCAUGGUAUAUGCGUAUAAUUACAACAAUCAUAACCACAAUCACCAGCGCGUGGACGAUGUUGAGUGGCGGAGGUGGUGUCGGUGGCGGUGGAGGAAUGGCCACAGGCUAUGACAGUUCAUCAUUCUACAGAACAAAACACGGGCAAGUGGAGCGAGGUUUCUUCGGCUCCAUUGCACAUGGCAUAUCAGCAUCCAUAUCUCGGCUAUUUCGUUAUGUUUAUCUAUUAAUUUCAUCUGUGCUAUGUUUGGAUACUUGGCUGCUUCAAUCAUCCAAUGCCGACGGUAAAGGCAAAAAACGUUUUCUGCUGCUUCUGUUGGUCUUAUUGCCAUUGUUGCUAUUGAGUGCGUGGUGGUUGCUCGGCCAGGAAGAGCGUACCUACUUACUUCAGCGUACGGAAGCAUUUGUGCCUCUUUCGAUGCUCGUUGGUUGGCAGAGUGCACUCUAUGCCAUUGGCAGCUCUUUUAAAGGUUACUUGCUACAGUUGCCUGAUAACGUGAAGAGCUCAGUCAGUCAGUAUUACACAAGUUAUGUAGGUGGCGCUGAAAGUGGUGGCGGUGAUGCGCAUCUGCAUAUUCACAAUAUCGAGCAACGUCUGCAAAAGGCUCUCACAACCGAGGAGUACGAAAAUAUAUUAAACCAUGUUAAUAGUUAUGUACAACAACUGAUCGAUUUGAAGUUGGCGAAACAGCAGAGAGAGCAGUCGGCCCAAGUAGAGCAACUGAGUCAGGCACAGAUACAGUUGAUUGUCCAGCUGAUGCGAGAGAAUUUAGAGCGUUUGUCAUUGGAGAAGCAACAGGGAAGUGACGACGUAAAAUUGGCUACGUUGAGUGAGGGAGAGGUGCUGCGACUGGCUGAAUUGGUGAGUGUACAGUUGGAAGCGAAAGGUUGGCUGGAUCGGCCGGUGUCACUUUCCGGCGAAAAUUUGAGAGAAAUAAAACGCCUAAUUACGGAGCAAAUGGAAAUGCAGGAGCACAAGCAUUACGUGCUAUUGCUGGAGCGCAUUGAUUUGGAUGCAUUAUUGGCGCGAAUUUUAAGUACACCUCAGUUUGGCAAGUAUGUAGAUGAGCGCAUCGCCACGGCGUUCGAGAGCAAACAAUGGCAAGCGGUAGUGACGAAGAAGUUACGCGAGGGUUCUGGUAACGGCGAAACCCAUAGCCAUCAACAGCGGUUGAUCGAUGAGUUGAACAACGAGAUCGCUUUCAUCAAGCUUGCCCUCUCCGAUAAGUUGAAUGAGAAUGAGGGGUUGCAUCAAUCGAUAAGUAAAUUGAAGGUGACGCAGGAUGAUUUGCUGAAGCGUAUGCAGGAGCAUGAACUAGCAACAGAUCAGCGUUUUAGUGGCUUACUGGCAGAUAUUGAAAGUAAACUGGCUGCGCUUAAGGAUGAUCACUUCAAGUUGCUCAAUCAGCAAAUUAAGUUGUCGCUGGUGGAAAUACUGGGCUUUAAAGAUAAGACAUUUGCCGGCGCUAAUUUAGAAGAUAUCGAUUUGCAGAAUUGGGUGCGUAGCAUGUUCGUCGCCAAAGAUUAUCUUGAAGAGCGUUUGCUGGCGCUCAAUAAGGGCACCGACAACAAAAUACGCGAUGAAAUCGAUCGUUCCGGUAUGCUGCUGAUGCGCGAUAUUAGCGAACGUUUAAAGCAUGAAAUACUCAUUGCCGUUGAGGCAAAGCAUAAUGAAAGUGUAGCGGCGUUAAAUGGGCAAAUCCAUACAGCGUUGUCCGAGGAGGAAGUUCAUAAAAUUGUGAAAUCGGUGCUGGCUAUCUACGAUGCUGACAAAACGGGUUUGGUAGACUUUGCGUUAGAGUCUGCUGGUGGACAAAUACUUUCGACGCGCUGCACUGAAAACUAUCAGACUAAAUCGGCGCAAAUAUCCAUAUUCGGUAUACCGCUCUGGUAUCCAACUAAUACGCCACGCAUAGCCAUUUCGCCGCACGUACAACCCGGGGAAUGCUGGGCAUUUCAAGGCUUUCCGGGAUUCUUGGUUUUGAAACUCAAUUCAAUGGUAUAUGUUACCGGUUUUACUUUGGAACAUAUACCGCGUUCGCUUUCGCCAAAUGGACGCAUUGAUUCAGCGCCAAGAAAUUUCACAGUUUGGGGUCUCGAGCACGAAAAGGACUACGAACCGGUGCUCUUCGGUGAGUUUGAAUACGUGGAUAAUGACGCCUCACUGCAAUACUUCCCAGUGAAAAAUAAAGAUAUCAAGCGGCCAUAUGAAAUCGUGGAGCUGCGUAUCGAAUCUAAUCACGGCCAUGCGCAGUACACGUGUCUCUAUCGUUUUCGCGUACAUGGCAAACCGCCGGCAGUGUAAAUCAAGAGGCCACAAAACUACGCAAAGUGUUUUAGUUUAUAUUUAUGCACAUAGUUUAUUGUAAAAAACGGCUAUUGUAAAAAGUUAAACCCUAUUAUAAGUUAAGGUAAGCACUUACAAUUGCAAACUAUUUAAUGUAAACUUUGUGCCUUAGAGUAAUGCAGAUGUACCACAGAAAGAGCACACAGUUGACAGUUUGGAAUUGAAGGCUUUAAGUAACAUCAAAAACGUAUGUUAGUUAUAAGUUACUAACAAACAAUAUAUUUUAUUAAUACCAUAUUGUAAAUAAAAGAAGUAAUAGCUGCCACAGUGAAGAAUAUAAAAUAUUAUAAAUAGUAUAUAAUGUAAUAGUACCUACCUAUGCGUAAGUGAAAUGGUUUCCUACAUUAUUUUUUAACUUGAAUUUAUUAAUGAAAAAGAGGCAAAGUAGUAUAGGGUCUUAAUUUACUGUUAAUUUAUUGAAGUACCCAUAGAAAAACUUAAAAUAGAAAUACAUGAAAGUUCUAGUUCUAAGUUAUUUUACGCUAAGUUAUUUAAACUACUGAAGUUUACAACAGUUGAAAAAAACUUAAGAACGAUACCUAAUUCUCUCUUUUUGAUACUUUUUUCAAUAAAAUCCCUAAAAUGGUUUGUAUAUUCGGCAUUAUUUUAAGAACUUAAAAUGUUUUCAAUCUGUAUGUUUUUGUCUAGGAACAACAUUAAUACCACACCUUUGAGAAAAAUACUUAAGAACGAAGCAAAAUAACAGUCAGGCGAAAGGGAAAAUUAUUAUGCCCAAUCCAGAACAGUGAUCGAAUUGUCUUCGAAAUACGUUCUUAUUAAAAUUUCUAAAUCGUCGGUAAGUUCCGUGAUUGGUGAGACGACCAUGGGGUAGAAUACUGCACGUUUUGGCCACCGCUCGUACUUCCUACCAUCUGGACUAUAUUUAUAUACUAGCUUUAACCCGCGGCCCGGCGCGCGUAGGAGUAGUUAGGAUAUGUAUAUAAAAGAAUUUCAAACAAUAAUUUCAUAGAAAAUAAUUUUUUAUUAAUAACGAUAAUAUUACAAUACCCGGCAUCCGUGGUAUGCUUCGUUGAAUAAAAUCAAAACAACCAAUCAGAAAAAUAUCAAGCAAAAAUAUUUUUAUUAAUUUUCUGUCUCAAACCGUUUUUGAACUUUGCAUUUGGGUCAUAGUUGAACAGCUUAUGGGGAUUAUGAAGUCUAGAGUGUGCUAUAAAUAGUGGGAAAUAGGAAAAACUAAAAUUUUUUAGAUUAAACUUAAGCAAAUAUUCGAUUAUUAGUGACGAAUGAGAGUGGUGGCGCGGCCUGGGGGCUGUGGGAAGGGAGUUCCAUCAUAAAAACAUGCCUAUAACAUUCAUUGGGUGAAAAUAUGAAAGUAUAAAAAUUUUUACGUCAUUUGGUGUUGUCGUUUCGUAGUGAUGUGCGGACAACGUACAGACAUUCACCUUUAUAGUAUAGAUAAUUGGCGCGUACACCCUCACCAUCUGGACUAAUUAUAUUUAUUUUCGUUUCAUCGCUGAAUAAAAUUUAACGCCACCGAUUUUGCGUUGGAUAUGUGCUUUCGAGCGGACUUAAUUCGGCGACGUCGUUGCGAUGCUGUUACCAAUGGCUUCUUCCAUGUCAGUCAACCGUAAAGUUCUGCUUCUGACAAUCGAAUCGCAACAGUUCUUUUUGUUAAUGGCAUUUUCAGGUGAACAUAAAUUUCUCAAUGGAUGUGGUGCUGGCACCUUUCUUGGAAUCCUGUAUUGGCAAUCUAACGACCAUCCUAUAAAUUUGGCUAGUAGUCUUUCUGGGAACGUUUUCUAUAGUUGUAUGCUCGGAAAAAUAUUUCAAAUCAUAAACCCAUCGUUUUUGAGACGUUUAAUUGUGUAGGAUAUUCCAGUCGUAGGACAAUCAGGCCUUUUCAGGUAUAUUUCUUCUACUAAAAAAUCAAUGCGAACCCUUCAAGAGAAAUAGAUAAAUGGACGCGUUUCAAUGGAUGUGAUCACAGCAAAUAUUUUCAAGCACAAAAAGCACUGUUACGGCACCGUACGCGAUGAAAGUCGUCCAUAUAUGUGUGUCAUUGCAUCGUUCUUAAGUAUUUUUCAACGGCUGUAUGUAUUUAUUUAUUCCGAAACUUAGAUUUAAGUCAUUUCUUAUGAGUUAACACAUUUUGCAAUCCAACAUACAAACCAAACAUUGUAUAAAUUUACUUAUAAAUAUAAAACAUUAGUAACUAAUAACUUUCGUACGCUUGCCAAUGAUUACUAAAUAUACUUACUUAAACUUACUUAACACUUAAGUACUAAUUAGUUGAGUGUAAACAAGUAGUUUAAACAUUUAAAUUUUAAAAGAAAACUCAGAAUGAAAAUUUGUGUCACUCAAAUAUUUACUAAGUUGUUACUAAAUAUUUUUUUAUUAUGGACUUAGCCAGACACAAAGUUAUCAUACCGAAGUGUUUUAUAU